AUGCGCUUCUUCAACUGCCACAAAAACCUGGAUACAGACCGCAUGAUUGGAGAUAGGAGGGCCAUGAACUAUGUUGAAGGCACAAUUCCCGGAGCAUCACGUUGUCUGCCUUCAGCUCUUCUUUUGGCAAAUUUGGAGUUGAAACCUGGAGUUGAGAAAGUUUGCAUUUACAUCUCUGACAGAAAGGAUUUCUAUCACCAGUUCAAAGUGAGCAAAGAGCGGGCCUCUUCAAAUGCCUUGUGGCCCCUAAUCCACCAAAGCGACCUGGAGGGCACUUUUGCUUUUGCGUCUUGGUGUGAAAGGAAUUUGAAGAAGUCCACAUAUGACAGGCUGAAGCAUGGAGACUUCUUCAAGAAGGGCGCUUCUGGUUUUCCCAAGAGGAGGAGCGUGAUCCCAGAGUGGUUUCAAGGUUGCUUUGCCAGCAUUCCUCAAGGUGACCAUUUGGGAGUUGAGUUUGCGGAUUUUCCGUGGAAAAGGGUUGCGUCUGGUUUGGUGAUUGAUGAUUUCUACACGGUGUCAGUGCAGAGCGUUGGUGAUAGCCAUGAGGAGCCCACUUCCCAUUCCCAGUUCCUUCAAGCUUCCCGGGCCUAUGCAGACCAAAAGAUCAUGGGCUCUAAAGAGAAAGAUGUUGUUGGAGCAGACAAGGCCAAGAUCACUGGUGCUGAACUUGACACCUCCGGCGCUCUGAGGGGCUUAGGUAUGGCCACUUUGGCCUCGCCUGCUGCGAAGCGCAUGGCCCUUGCACAUGUUUCUCUGGAGCUUGCGAAAAUGCGUUGGACUACGGAUCAGAUGCAUCUUUGCUUGGUAGGUGGAUGGGUUCACUCCUUGCUUUUUCGCAGGCCUAUGAUGCCCCUGUUGGAUUCCAGUUUUGGCUUUGUUGUGAAUGAUGAGAAGCGAGGUGAUGGUCCAAAGCUCUUGCCGCUGACACGGACUGUGGCUCAGGAGCUGGGGCUUUUGGCAGUCCUAAGCCCCUUGAUGGCCACGGACUUGACCGCCCAGAUGUCAUCCACUGUCUAUGCGACCGAUUCUUCAGACAAGAAGGGUGCGAUAGUUGCCGCAGAGGUGGAUGAAGAAGUUGCCCGAGCACUUUGGCGUUCUGGCAGAAAGAAUGGUGGUUACAUCAGGUUGCUCAACCGCUCUCAGGCCCUGCUCAAAAAGCUUGACCCGUCUUUUGAAGAGCCUGCUUUGCCUGAUGAUGAGAUAGAGCUUGCAGUUGAGAGACCCAUGGCUUUCCGUUUUCAUUUCUUGGCGGUAUGCGGUGGUGUUGGGAAAGUUGCUGCUGCUGCUGCUGUGUCUGGACAUGGAUGGAAUGUAGGGCCCGUCAUCGACCUUGACAGGGGCUACGAUGUGCCUCGAGGGUAUGACCCUUUGGAUCCUCAUACUUUGACAGGCAGCACUUUGGCGCUGAGAUCUCUUUCACUUCUGGAUGUGGCAAGUGACAUGGACUGCCCGGGCCUUUUGAAGCAGCCUCGAAGAACCAAGAUGCGUCGUUUGGAUGAAUGGCAAAGAUUUUUGGAGCUAGGCAAAGCGGAGGAAAUUUGGACAGCAAGUUGCAUGUACGGUAGUGUCCACAACAAGGAGUUCGUUUUCCUAUUUUGCCAUUUGGCUGCCCAGUGCUUGCACAGGAAAUGCGAUAGAAGCCAUCAGCAUGUGAAGGUGCAAGGUCAGUUCGCCAAAACCUCUGCGGUCUAUACGGAUGACCCAGCAGAAGCCCUAGCUGAGGUUUUCAGUCGAGCAAUUGCCAGAAAGCUGCGUAGGGGUGUCCUUUUAGCAUUCGUCAGGUUGUUGCUCUGGAUUCAAAUGUUGGACUUUCUGCUCUUGCCAAAGGUCGCUCUCCCUCCUAUGGACUUCGCCCCUGUAUCAGAAAGACAGGAGCUCUUGGAUUUUGCUGAGGUCACCAUGCUUUCCAGGUGCCUUUGGAUUUUGCCAGUGGAUUUCUCUCGCCUGCGUGUGGUGGGCCGGUUGGUGUGUGGUAUGGGCUUCCGUCUGGGGAAUCCUGGAGACAUGCCCGAAGGAAGCCGUGUGUUGGGACAGACCCAACUCCAACGAGACAGGCUGCUGAACGAAUUCGGCAGGUUGCUUCAACAAGCCUGGGACCUGGCUUACGCAUGGGUGAGACAAGAACCUCCUUGUCACCAUCUGGCGCUACCGUGGCAGGCGGUUUUGAGUUUGGUGGCAACAGCUUUCUACUGGGGCUGGAUGAAAGAGGCGGGAAUCAUAGCACUGUCCUGGGGUGGUCUCACAAGGACUGGCGAAGCCCUUGGGGCUUUCAGAUGGCAGCUGGUCCUACCUAGAGACAUCGAGUACACUGCUGAUUAUGCCCUUUUACAAAUCGACGAACCAAAGACCAGGUAUCGUGCGGCGCGGCACCAGGUUGCAAAGAUCGAUCAAUCGCAAUUGAUGGCUGUCCUGGAUGUCUUGUGGCUUUUGGUGAUGGAGAUCUACGUCCAGGAGAUUUCUGCAAUGCAAUUUAUCCCCAAUCUGCCAUUAGCAUCGAAGCGACAGAUCACCAACGGAGCAGCUCUUUUUCCGUGGAUGUUGGAACAUGUACAGGGCAGCAUUUGGAGAUUGGGUUCGCUUGCGGCCCUACAGUGGAUGGCCUGCACGGUUCCAGUGGAGCCGGGCAAAAAGGUGAAGCCUUUGCUCGAUCUCCUCAAAGCCGGUGGUGGUGUAGUGACCGCUCCAGAUGCAGUGCAGAACAAGGAUUUCCUGAAGGAAUUGGAUGACGUGUUUCCUGAGCUAGCGAUUUACAAACAGGGACGCAUUCAGACAAGCCCUGGAGUGGAGGAGAUCUCAGGGAGUCCAACGGAAUACUAUCGUACUGUGGGUGCGAUUAUUGCAUUGCUAUCGUGCUACUCCACUUCUUUGCAGGAAGAUUUUGGCCUAGAAUGCGUGUCUGCGGGAAAUCGUGGUCCCAUGAGCAUGGACAAGGUGCCGGGGAAGUUCAUCAACCUUGGCAACAAGAAAAAUGACUACAACGAGUUCUGCAGGAAGUUUGCGAUGUUCAUGACCAGUGAAGAUGAUUGGUGGAGCAUGCUUGUCUUCUUGGUGGUGCAUGAUGUUGGGAAGAGCGACGGUUUUCGGAAGGUGGUGAACGACUCCUUGCCAUUUGACAUGCGCUCCGAUGAUCACGACAGAGCUCUCGCUUGUGCGUUGUCAGAUCCGGAGUUAAAGAGGAAGUUGCUACCAACCGUGGCGAAGCUUUCUCCGGCCCGCCAAGAAUCGAUUUUAGCAGGCUUUGGUACAAAUUUUCAGCUCCCACAGCUGGGUCAAGGAGAGAUUGCUUGUAUCAACUUCCGGGGCCUUUUGGACCUGGAUCGAAAGCACUUGAUGAAUGGUACUCUUCACUAUUAUUUCUACCAUUCCAUCUUUGACAUUGCAGGAGCUGGAUGCAAUGAAAAGUUCAUCUUCCCAAUUGCCAUGCAGCCGGUCUACUUGGGCUUCACAGCAGCCAUGGAGGACCUGAUUCAAAAGCUGACUGACAACCCAAAGAUUGAUGACAGGACGCUGUACUUUAAUUUCCUGUACACCAACUUCAAAAAAUCCUAUCCUGAAUUUGAGGCGAAAUUUGCGACCAUGUGUGAGAGCAGAGUCUUCUGCCACGAGACCGGUUUGGCGGUGUUGAGGGUUUUAGCCCUCACGAGGAACACUUACAAAAACCCCAACAAGGUCUGUGAGCUUUUGCUCGAAGAUCACCAUCCCCUUGUGCAGGAGCUCGCUGGCAGCCCUGUUGGUCCACAGAUUAUGCUCUACUAUGGACCAGACUUGUUGAGGAUGGGCUUGGGUGAGGACUUGACUGACCAGAGUGGUGACAACAUGUCCGCAGCUUUGGCAGCCAUCGACCAUGUCUAUAGGGCUGCAAGGAGAACUCUUAUUUUGGCCAAGAGUGGUGACUAUCAGUACCAACUCAACGUGUCGCCCAUCGUGCAGGUCAUCAAAAAGGCGGGCAAAGACUGGAAAGGUGGAAAGCAAUUGGUGGAUAGCGUUCAAGGAAUGAAAGUUAAGAAUAACGACCUGAAUACAGAGGGCAUCGUGGAACUACGAAGGCCCAGCGUCUACUCCUCUCAAGCAACAUGA